AUGGCUCGCUAUUGGGGCCUCAGGGGCAAGAAGCUGAAUGCUGCGAUAUGGCUGGAGAGCAUGUGGGCGAUCAUAAUCUUCGGCUACAACCAAGGCAGCGCAGGCGGCGUCCUAACGACAAGAUCAUUCAACGAGCAAUUCCCCGCCAUGGACACCAUCUUCACAACCGGCUCCAAACAACACAACAACUCCACAAUCCAAGGUACCGUCGUCGCGCUCUACACCCUGUUCGGCACCUUUGGCGCCCUCUCCUGUACUUUCCUAGGCGACCGCCUCGGCCGGCGCUGGACAAUCUUCCUAUCCAGCCUCGUGCAAGGCAUCGGCUGCAUCCUCAUGGCUACAUCCUUCCAAUUCGCACAAUUCAUCAUCCCCAGAAUCGUCCUCGGACUAGGCACCGGCGGCAUCAUCGCAACCGUCUCCGUCUGGCAAUCUGAGCUCUCCAAAGCGACGAGUCGCGGGAGCCAUGUUUCCGGCUUUGGUACAUUUUGUGGCAUUGGCCUGUCAAUCGCGCUAUGGCUGAGCUUCGGAGUCUCAUUCACAGAUCCAAGUUCGCUCUCUUGGAGGCUCCCAUUAGGUUUACCUUUACUCUUCUCCCUAAUCGUCAUGGCCUUCAUCUUCACCCUACCCGAAUCGCCGCGGUGGUUGAUCAAGAAGAACAGGCUCGACGAAGCGCGGGAUAUCCUCGCGAGGAUCUACGAUGUCGAGGAGACGCACGAAAUCGUCGCCAAAGAGAUUCUUGACGUCCAGACCUCCCUCGAGCUCGCGGGGACGUUCAAACUCUCUGCCAUGUUCAAGAUGGGUCCUCAGCGGACUUUUCACCGUGUCUGUCUUGCCUGCGUUGUUCAAAUCUUCCUGCAGAUGUCCGGAACCAACGCCAUCUCUUAUUACACAACAGCAGUGUUCGAGCAACAACUCCACUACACCCCCGUGACCGCCAAAAUCCUCUCCGCCUCCAUCCAAGCCGUCCUGAUUCUCGGCUCCCUCGUCUGCAGCUUCACCGUGGACCGCUUCGGCCGGCGCAAACUGAUGAUGUUCUCCGCCAGCAUGACGGCCAUCAACAUGGCGUGCCUGACGGGCUGCACGUCCUCCGCGACCAACACCUCCGCGUUGAAAGCCGCGGUGUUCUUCAUCUUCUUCUUCCAAUUCUGCUUUUGCAUUGGGUUUUUGGGAAUCCCGUUUGUGUAUGCGAGUGAAAUUGCGCCUGUGCAUAUGCGGGCGGGUGUGGCGGGCGUGUCGACGGCGGUGUCGUGGCUCUGGAAUUUUUUGGUCGUGGAGGUCACCCCCAUAGCCUUCACCUCCAUCGGCUACAGAUACUUCAUCGUCUACGCAACCUUCAACGCGGCCGUCGUCCCCCUAAUCUACAUCUUCUUCCCGGAAACCUCCAACCGCAGCCUGGAAGAACUCAACGAGAUCUUCGCGUCCUCCAAAUCCCUCUUCGACGUCGUGCCGAAUGCGCGGAAAUUGCCCAGGAGGAACCUGGUGGAGUUUUUGGAUGAGGAGAAGGAGGGGCGGGAGGGACGGGUGAGAUAUACAUUCAAAGGAAAAUAG